UGGUCUUCCGGUCGUCUCCCAUGUUGCGUAGUUUAAGUGCCCUUGGCUCCGUCUCGUUGACUCAUUUAACCAUCUGACUCACAUCACGGGCCGUCGCUCCGUCAAACCAAGAAACCAAGAUUGAUCGAUGACGUACGAUGAUAACGACAGCCCCACCCUAGCUGCGCGACCCGGGGUACCGCGCUGAAGACAAGAAAAAAAAACUACAACACAACAGCCUGUUGGAUGAGUUAAAAAAAUUUGCUUUAGAACUGUGUCACACAUUACGUGGCGCUUUAGACUAGCUCGCGUGUGUGGAUAAAACACAUUCACAUCCUUCCUGCUUGGCUUUGUCAAUAUAAUUUUGUUUUUUCAAACCACUGCACUCCAGGAUACGGCUUUAAAAUGACGAUUCUAAUGGCCCUCCACGUAGGAACGCUGCAGAUCUUUGAGAACAAUGUAGGGGUCAGUGACGCGGUCUUGCUUGACCCCAUGACCGAAGAGGCUUUCAUUGAUAACCUGGAGGAGAGGUUCAAACACCAGCAGAUAUAUACCUACAUCGGUAAUGUGGUGGUCUCCGUCAACCCUUACGAGAAACUGCCGCUCUACACACACGCUGUCAUUGAAGAGUACAGGAGUCGAAAUAUCUACGAGCUGCCCCCACACAUAUAUGCAAUCACAGAUGAUGCUUACAGAUCGAUGCGAGAUAAAAAUUUGGACCAGUGUAUCAUCAUUUCUGGAGAAAGUGGCGCUGGAAAGACAGAGGCCAGUAAAGUGAUAAUGCAGUAUGUUGCUGAAGUCUCAGGCAAGGGACAAGAUAUCGACAGAGUCAAAGAGCAACUGCUGCAGUCAAAUCCUGUUUUAGAAGCAUUUGGUAAUGCUAAAACAACAAGAAAUGACAACUCAUCUAGAUUUGGCAAAUACAUGGACAUUGAGUUUGAUUUUAAAGGAGACCCUGUGGGAGGUGUUAUCACAAAUUAUUUGCUGGAAAAAUCAAGAGUUGCAUCUCAGAGUCCUGGGGAAAGAAGUUUUCAUAUUUUUUAUCAGAUGUUGUCUGGCAUGGCAGAUAGCUCUCUCGAUGACCUUAAACUUGUGCGUGGUGCUGAGAACUACAGUUUCCUUAAUAAGAGCGGAUGUGUGGAGGUGGACACAAGGGAUGAUGUUGGAGAUUUUAGAGCUGUCACUACUGGUAUGGAGAUCAUAGGGUUCCGGAAUGAUGAAGUCCACAAUGUAUUCCAGCUGUUGUCCAGUAUUCUAAAGCUUGGCAAUGUGGAGUUUGCUGAAAGAAUCAAUGCAGAUGGCACUGAUGGCUGUGAUGUUGUCAACAUUAAUGAGGUGAAUCAGGUCUGUGACUUGUUGGGCUGCUCUGUUGACAUUUUGGCUGGAUCUCUGAUGCAGAGGACUGUAGCUGCUAGGGGGGACACGGUCAAGACUGACCUGAGUUUAGCUGGAGCAAUGUAUGCCAGAGAUGCUUUGUGUAAAGCCAUAUACAGCCGGCUCUUCACAUGGCUAAUUAAGAGAAUAAACAGCAGUAUAAAAGUAAGAGAUGACUUGCAGACCAGGACAAAGGUGAUGGGUGUCUUGGACAUUUAUGGAUUUGAAGUUUUUGAGAACAAUAGUUUUGAGCAGUUUAUCAUUAACUACUGCAAUGAAAAGCUUCAGCAAAUUUUUAUUGAACUCACCCUUAAAGAAGAGCAAGAUGAGUAUGUGAAAGAGGGCAUAGAGUGGAUCCAUGUGGAUUACUUCAACAACUCUGUUAUCUGUGAAUUGAUUGAAAAACAAAACCUUGGAAUUUUAGCCUUACUGGAUGAAGAGUGCCUUCGACCAGGAAACACUUCAGACCAAACUUUCUUGGACAAACUGGACAACAGGUGUGCCAACCACCCCCACUAUGAGAGCAGGAAGUGCAAGAAAAACCAGUCUGAUAAAUCCUUGCCCCAUGAUGCUUUCAGAUUGCGCCAUUAUGCUGGAAACGUUUUGUACAAAAUCUCAGGUUUUAUUGACAAAAACAAUGAUCUUUUGUUUCGUGACUUAUCACAAGCCAUGUUUCAAUGUUCACACCCAAUGCUGCAGGAUCUUUUCCCAGAAGGUAAACCCACAGAAAACUCCUUGAAAAGGCCAAUAACUGCAGGAUCACAGUUUAAAACUUCAGUAACAGAGUUGAUGAAAAAUCUUAGCUCAAAGAAUCCAAACUACAUCCGGUGUAUCAAGCCAAAUGACUUCAAACAGGCCAAUACAUUAAGCAGAGAAAUUGUCAAACAUCAAGUUAGAUAUUUAGGGCUGAUGGAAAAUGUUCGAGUGAGGAGAGCUGGUUACGCCUUUCGUCAAGCCUACCCUCUCUUCCUGUUUCGCUACAAAAUGCUGGCCUCAGAGACCUGGCCACACUGGACUGGUGACCCCAGGGACGGGGUGGAGAAAAUUCUCCAGGCCCAGAACAUCGCCACAGAAGAAUACGCUUUUGGCAAGACAAAGAUAUUCAUCAGAAAUCCCAGACUGCUUUUUGACAUGGAGGAGAGAAGACGUGAGCGCAUGCAUCACUUAGCUACACUGAUCAGAGCAACAUGGCUCAAGUAUAAACACCAGAAAUUGUAUCAGAGGAUGAAAGCUAGCCAGAUUAUUAUUUCUGCAACAUUUAGGGGAUACUGGGCUCAUAAGAGAUACAAACAAAUCAAGAAAUCAACCCUGAUCAUUCAAUGCUACACAAGAGGAUGGAAGGCCCGCGUCAUUUUACGAGAACUGAAAUUAGCCAAGCGGAGGGAAGAGGCAGCUACGUAUAUAUGCAAAAUCUAUCGUGGCUAUAAGGCGCGUUGUUUGCUUGCUCAGCUGAAGCACGAGAAAUAUAUCAACAUAUGUGCGACCAUCAUACGCAAAACCUACCUCGGCUGGAAGGCUCGUAAGCUUCUUGCUGCCAUGAAACAUGAGAGGAAAGUUCUGUGGGCCAAUCAGGUCAUCCAUAAAUACUUCCGCGGGUGGAAGGUCAGACAGCAGUACAGGCCAAAGUUCAGGAGGAUAGCAGGGCCUAAAGUGUCACAGUUUAUGAUCACUGCCUUAAAAAAACAGUAUUUACUAAAGCUGAAAGAGAACCUGCCCUCUAUGAGUCCAGUCAGUGAAGACUGGCCAACACCACCCAACAGGUUUAAAUCCACUUCUGAUGAGCUGCGUAAAAUAUUUCAUCGCUGGAGGUGUGCUAAAUACAGAAGGCGAUUGGAUCCAACAAUGAAAGAGAAGUUGAAAGAAAAAAUGAUUGCAAGCAAUUUGUUCAAGGGCAAAAAAGAACUCUAUCCAUCAAGUGUGUCUCAGCCAUUCCAAGGAGAUUAUGUGGACCUCAAGUCAAAUGUCAAGUGGCAGAAACUCUACAAAUCCACCCAUGAUGCCUCCAUCAUUUUCGCAGAACAGAUUAGCAAGGUUAACAGAGCUGAUGGCAAGAUGGUGGGCAAACUUCUAGUCUUGAGCACACAAGCCUUACUUGUGCUGGACAACAAGUCUCUAGCAUUAAAGUACAGGAUUCCCCUCACCAUGAUCAACAAGAUCUCUGUUUCUCCUUAUAAAGACAACCUUUGUAUUUUUCAUUUGAAUAAGGAGAACGGAGAGAUUGCUUCCAAGAAAGGGGACUUUAUAUUCAGCACAACCCACCUGAUUGAGGCAGUGACCAAAACACAGAUGGUCAUACAGAACAGUGUUGGGAAACCACCUGAGGUUCAAAUUGUACCACAACUAAAUGCAGAUUUCAAAGGCUCAAAAGUUGAAGUUUCAUUUAAAAAAACUCAAGGAGAUGUUGCUAAUGGAAGUAUUAAAAUAGCUAGGAAAGGAAAUCGAUUGGAUAUCAUAGAGUCCUGAUCUGGCCUGCUUGCAAACAGCUGAUUAUAGAAACUGUAGACUUUUUGCAUGCCAUUUUAUAUUGUACAUAGAUAAUGGAGAAAAAAAUCUGAUUUUGGUGGUAGGAAGCAACUAAGUAUUGUAUAAUCAGUUUUAUAUAUUGUAUCAUAAAUACGAUCUUAAUUUAAUUUUUGUUUAUUUUUAGUUUUUAUUUCUAGUUACACAUUGUAGGUUAUUUCAAAGAGCAGAAUCAGUUGUUUUUUUUUAAAUGUGGUUCAAUGCCAUGGAUGCAAUAUAUACAUACAGCUACUAGUAUGAUUUUUGUACUGUUAUUAUCUGUGUGAGACCAACCAAAUCAGAUACAUAACAAAUGCUGUUUUCUUUGCAUUUAAGCUUGAAAGCUAAACAGUGCCAUUGACAAUUUGUGAUGUGUUUUUACAAAGUUUUUAUUACUCCAUGUUCAAGUAGUUUUGACAAACUGAUUUUACAAACUGGCAUCAGCUGUUGUAUGCCAGAUUUUUUAUUCAGUGACUGCUAAACAUGUGUUCUUGUGUAUUUAUCAAA